UUAAGGCAGCAGGACUGAGUCCGUCCGUUGUGCGGACAUUUUAAGUUUUUUUAUUGGCCGCUCAGGAGCAAAAAUUGUUUUUAUACGUGCUUUUUUUGGAAACAGCAAGCUAUUGCUCCAGAUACCUAAACAUGGAGUCUCGGUUUUCCCACCUGCGCCAGCGGGACACCAGUGUGUCGAUGCUGAGGGUGAAAAUGUCCCGCAGAAGGUCUCAGUCCCAGAAGGAGAACCGAGAACGGGCUGUGAACACACGCAGGCAGCUGGACAAGCUCCCAGAGAUGGAUGUCUCUUCCCUGGAUGCCUCCAUCACAGUGGCCAACAUGUCGAUAAUUCAGGAGAAAACACUCAACAAUGCAAAGCCUGUUAAAAGCCAGGCUGCAGAAGAGAGGCUGAAGCAGCUUGAGCGCUGGAAAGAGCGUAAGGCUCUUGAGAAGGAGAAGGAAAUGAGAGAAAAGGGGCGUAAAGGGGUAUUUAAGACUGGCCUGUUUCAUCCAAAGGACACCCAGACCAUUGUCCCAGCUGCAUCAACCAGAGCUAAGGAGACAAAAGUAAACACAGCUCCAUCGCAGAGCACCAGAGUAACCCGUUCAAUGAAAACGCAGCAGCAGCAAGUGCAGAAGCCUCUGAAGACACAGGACCCAAACACUGCAGCAAAGAAAGCUCCUCCAUCAACCAGGAGCCGGGUCACUUCGGUCAAGCCUGCACAACCACCACCUGUGACCAAGACUAAAGUCUGUGCAGUGGAGCCUGUCGUACGAGCUGCGUCGACCAGAUCAGUCAACAGGCCUCCUGUUACAGCAGUUCCUGUGGUGAAAGACAACCCUAAGGACAAGUCUACAGAUGUAAGAACCACAAGGAGCAGAGCUAUUGUCAACCUUACGGCCCCACCUUCUGGCAGAGGAAGGAACUGUAAAGCAGCUGUCGACGUUGUCCAUCCUGCUGAACCCAAGGAGCCUGAGAUGCAGGAGGAAGAAGAAAAACCUCCCAGCCCGACGCCCUGUUCUGAGGAGGUAGACAUGGUGGUGGACCAAGCUCCAGCUGAUGCUGUCCCUGCUGUGGAUUCUGUUGAGGAUUCGUCCUCUUUGACCUCAUUUGCUCCCAAAGGUUUUGUCUUCCAAGCUCCUGCCGGCUUGUUCAAGUUCGAGCCUCUCACUCCUCGCUCGGCAGACGCCUUUCUUACACCAAGCUCCAGCUUCAAUCUUCCCCCGGUCCCCAAGUUCAACAUUGAGCCUCAGGCUGAGCCAAGUGAGCCUUCUCCCCCUAAAUCCCCCCACCGCUCUCCUCCUCGCCCAUCUCCCACAGUGGCCCCUACGACUCCAGGCAGCCCCCUGGAAUCAAAGCACGAUGUGCCGUACUUCAGAUCGGAAAUUGCCAGUGAGACAGACAGACUGAUGUCUCUGUGUGCUCAGUGGGAGUCUAAAGUGGAAGAUGAGUCCAUCCCAGAAGAAAUGAGAGACCGUAUGCGCACAGCGGUUGGCCAGGCGAGGCUGCUGAUGAAAGAGCGUUUUAACCAGUUCAGCGGUCUGGUGGAUGACUGCGAGUUUGGCCGAGGGGAGAAGAUCACCACCUGCACUGACCUGCAAGGAUUCUGGGACAUGGUUUAUUACCAGGUAGAGGAUGUCAAGAAGAAGUUUGACGCCCUCAAAGAAGCAGAGGCCCGAGGCUGGGUGGAGGAGCACAAGCCCCCACCAAGACAGAGGAAAGUAGUCAAGAGACCUGCAGCUGCUCCUGCACCCGCCAAGCCAACAGGAACCAAAGCAGCAGCCAAGUCUCGCCUAGCUGCCGUGAAAGCAGCCAUGAAAGCCAAACAGCAGGCAGCCGAGGCAGAGAAAGCUGCAAAGGCUGCUGCUACCCCCCAACCUGAGGAACCACAACCCCAAGCAGAGGCUCAAAAGACGGACACUGUGGUCUUUGAUGGAGGCUUCUUCCAGGUUGAGAGCCCAGCCAAACCAUCAGGUUCCAUGAGGAGAUCCAGCCGUCUGAGUGCUGCUGUGCUGCCUCAGGCCUCUCCCUGCUCCAGCUAUCUCUCCCCUAGAAGAGUCACUCGACGAUCCCUUGCACUGGCUCAGACCCCCGUUCAGAACCACGCGUCUCCCGCCCAGCCGGUCCAGACUCCCGCCCACCUCCGUCUCACCCUUGACCAAACACCCGGACAAGCACCAAAGUCUCAGCAUGGCACUCCUCAGCCACCCCAGAGCAGAAACGACACUGUAAAUGUCUCUCUUUGCUUCUCACCUGUCAAGGAGGUGCCUUCAGACAACACCCAACCCGAGGGAAACCCUGCAGUCUCCAUGCAGGACAACACCUCUCCGGUUCCUGAAUCGGACACACCCAUACCUGUGCGUUCGCUUCCAUCCAUUUGUGUCAUCCAGGAGCAAGACGAACCAGCUGAGGCUGUUAAUGUCGACAUCCCGCUCUCCCCAAGACUUUCUCUCUCUCCAUGCAAAUCACCUCCUCCAGUCAGCAAGACUCCUGAGCCCUCAUCAGCUCUGAGCUUCACACUGUCACCCUGCCAACCUCCCCUGUCCUCCCCCACUGUGAUCUCCUCUCCUGCUGUGGAGUCUCAAGAGUCCAUGUGUCACACACCAGAAAGCGCAGUCCUUACGGAAACUCCAGGAUUUGACUUUGAGCGUUACUUGCAGACUUCACAGAGAUGUAGCCUGUCACCAAGGGAGGCAGUCACCGUAGAUGCGCCAUCACCCAUGGCAGUGGAUGUGGAGAUGGAGAGCCCCAGGGGUCAAUAUGAGGAUCUGCUAACUCAGGAAGAAGCAGGUUAUGCUCGCUCUCUCACUGUCACCACAGCACUACCAGCAGUGUCUUCAGUGUUAACUCCUCAGUCACCACAGGCCCAGACAGCAGAGUCUGCCCUGUUUCUCUUCACCCCGGACCUGAAGGACCGGAUACGCCAGUCUGUCUGUCCAAGUGACCUCAUGGUCUUCACCCCUCCCUCUUAAUGUGUAGCAAAGAGAUUUCUUUUAAAUGUGUUGUUUUGUCAUGUAUUGACUGCUUUUGUUACUCCCUUUGCAAAAAAAGAUAUAUCUGGGUGAUUCUGACAUUUAUUUUUAAUUACUGGGAAAAAAAAAAAAAAAGUUUUGUCUCACAAGAAUUUCUGAUUAAAAGUCCUAGUCACAACCAGGAAA